CAGUGUCCUAUCAACUAGCUAUCUAGCUAACGUUAGUAAAGUUAGCUAGUUAGAUAGCUAGUGCAUGACGUGGUGCGUUCUUUUUGUAUAUACUGUCUAUGGGUCUAACAUCCAUGGGGCUAACAAGCUAGCUAGCUAAAAUUAGCUUUAGCUCGAUCGUUUUGGUUGCUGUCCGCAAUAUUGGCGACAUUUACCAGUCACAUAUAAAAACGAAACUGGUGAACUACAAAGUGUGGUUUCUCAUACCGCUCACAAGCUUCCUUCGUCUCUUUUCCAGAUUGUUACAGCUAGCUAGCUAGCUAACGUUACACCGUCCGUAACAGGAACGCUGUUCAGCGGUCGGUUCUGUGUUUUGAACAGACCGCUAGAGAAUUUUGAGAAAGCUGAUUGGAGGAACAAGAAACAGGAAAACGUAAAUGAACGUCACAUACAUCAGCUUCCGGGAUGGUUCCUGUUGUGAUUAUAGAAACGUUGAAAGGAGAAAUAGGUAGCUAGUUGCCAAAUUAUUGUUAAUAGAGUUCGUUUUCUUCACACCGCUAGAGCCAUAUCGGUCAACUUGUAAUUGUCUCAUGACUCUACACGUGUCGGCAUGGACAACCGUUGUUAUUGUUGUGCAUCAAAGUUCAGUCUCUUCAAGAAGGAGCUGGGCUGUAAGAGCUGCGGUCGCUCCUUCUGUUCCAGCUGUUUGACUUUCAGUGCUGUGGUGCCUCGCUGUGGCAACACCCAGCAGAAGGUCUGCAAACAGUGCCAUGGUAAUCUGACAAGUGGAGAAUCUUCAAACAGUGCUGGAAAAUGGUCUCCUCCUGAAAAUUACAAAAAACGGGUUGCUGCACUUGAGGCCAAACAGCAGGGACAGUCAACACAGCCUCUUGCACAAAGGGCCAAUAGUAACAGUAAAGUAGGCCAUCUACCAACCAAAGGCCUGAGUAAGGAAGAUCAGGCUAUUGCUGAAAGACUUCAAAAGCUGAAGGAGGACACUGCGCCAAAGUCUAUCCCCUCUGAGAAAGAACUUGAGUCUCGCCUUGCUGCUCUGAAGGCUCCCAGCCGGCCAGUGCCUUCUGCAGGGGAGAUGGAGGACCGCCUGGCAGUUCUACGGGGUCAGACUCCACCAUCUCAAGCUCCUCCACCUGUGCACCAGCCUCCAGAUAACAGGACUCCGACUGAACAAGCCAAUGAUCUGAUUACUCAGAUGACAGAGGAAGUUGCUAUAGACGACCAGCAAUCUAAUCCUGAAUGCAGUGAAGAUGGCCGCAUGAAUGAUCUCAACAAGGGAGAGGGGGGGACAUUGGAUGAGAAUUUGGAGGAGAACCAGGAAGUGGACAAGCAGCUGGAGACUGAGAAGGCCCGUGUCCUGGAGGAGGCCAUGGAGGAGCUGAGGAAGGAGCGCCAUUCCCAGGAUCAGAUUCUCCACAUGGCCAAGAGGAUGGCGACACUGAAGGGGCAGGACCCUGACAAAGUAACUAUGGAGGACUUUCAGCACCCUGACAGUGAGGAGGAAACUGAAGAAGAAGCUGUGAUGAGAGUGUUAAAACAGCUCUCAGAAGAAGCUGCAUUGGAUGAGGCCAGUGGCUACAACAUACGUUUAGAACACAGUGGACCAAGGAAUGUAGAAAAGAAAACAACUUCCAAGAAUCCGACCCAGGCUCCAGCAUCCAAGAGUAGGAUUUCACCAGCUGCUGUUGCACAUCAGCCAUCAGACAGUGAUGAGGAGGAGCUUCCAUGGUGCUGCAUCUGUAACCAUGAUGCCACUAUUCGCUGUCACACCUGUGAUGGAGACCUAUACUGCAACCGCUGCUUCAGGGAAGGCCAUGAUAAAUAUGACAGGAAGGAGCAUCGCACCACUAACUACUCUGCACCAAAGAAGAAGAGGAAGACAUGAUGGUGAGACUGGGCUGUUGGUGCUAUCAGGCUCUGGUCAGUCAUCACAGUUAGACUUGUGCUUUAGACUUAAAGUGACCUAUUAUUGUUAAUAAAUGUAAGUGUCUCAGAAGAUUAAAACACUACCUAUUAAUAUUUAAAACAAGCCCGAAUUUAACCCUAAUUUAUCUAAUACGUCCAAAGUGGCUAUAUUCAUGCUACUGUGUAGACCACAGGAAGAGCAGCAUCUUCUUUCUGUAAUUGCUAACAGGGAUCUAAAUGAACUGAACAAAUCAAAAACAAUGGGUAACAUGUUUGGCAAAGCCUAGAAAUAGACUCACACUGUAAUGUAGUACAAUAUGUAUAAUAUGAAAAACAUAUAUUUCUUUCAUUUUAGCAAACUGCACAGCUUCUGCACAUUAAAUGUUUUUAAAUGUCCAGCUGAAUAAGAAGCUUCAAGUGUUUUCUUAUGUCACUUGCCCUUGUCACCAUUUGAUUAUUUAAAAAAGAAAGACGGCACAUACAGAAAGCAGCCACAUCACAAGCUCAUCUGGGAUGAUGUGUAAACCUAGACCACUGUCAGCUCUGGACUGAAGAAGUACAGAGGAGUCAGUAUAAAAGGAUUACUGAGGGCUUUGUUUUCUUUUGGCAGCCACUGUAGUCACUCUUGUAAUUGUUUGGCUGCAAGUGUGACAUGAGUGUUGCCUUUCUUGUCCUUAUGUGUAAUUGCAUUAUAAAGGAUGCAAACGUGCUAUGUCACAUCUUUUUAGUCAUAUUUUUAACACUAAAGCCUCUUAUUUUUAAUUUUUUUUUUUAUUUAAAUUUUUUUUUUCAAUCACUGAUAUCAUCACUUGACAAACUGACUGGCUGGCAGGCCUUGUCAAAAGUGUAGUCUUUACAGUAUGGAUGGCCUCUGUGUCAGAGAAGCAAGAGUGGAAGUGGGGGGUGAACCAAGCAAAUUACUAUGAUGGAGGCCUCAGCCAAAAGACCCUCUGUGUAUGACAGAGAGUAGGCCAGAGUGCAGUUUCAUCAGUGUGCAUUACUGUCAAGCUGAGGAGAAACCAUAAUUACACUUUCCUCUGGGGGCUUGCUCCAUUACGGUUUGUAUGGAGGCUGUUACUGUGUUGUGCCUUGUCUGGCCGUGUCAUACACGCACCACAGACAGGAAAUGGAUGAUGAUAAUGGAUGCAUACUUAAUGGACCUUCCUGCUGCUGAUUUCACUGUGUUUACUCCUAGACUUACAUGUCAACAUCUCCUUUGUUUUCAUCACUCUGUUGAAAGAUUUAACGCCAGAAAACUGAAGCUUCAUAUUCUGGGAACCAUAUGCUGACAGCUGUGCUACAGUAACAUCUUACCAUCGUCUCUAGACAGCAGGACAUAAUCAUUCUUUUAAGGCAAAUAUGUGUUUUAACAGGUACUGUAAAUUGAUGGGUGUAAUGGACAUUUAUUUGUGUGAAAUGAGUAAUACCUGAUAAUACUGUUGGUCACUCACUUUUUUUUUUUUUUUUUAAUCAGAUGUAACCCUUUUUUUUUCUGAUGAGUCCUCAACAGCCUUGUAUUGAAAAUGUUCAAUUUUAUUUCGACAUACAACACUGUUAUCAGAGCAAAAAUAUUUAUGUACAUAAAUAGGCAACCGAAAAUGUACAGUGACAGUCUUCCACAAAAAAAAAAAAAACAGUCCGUCUGAGUGAUAGUCGGUACAGCUUUUAUCACAUGUGCAUUAUUGGUAUGUAUGUUUAAGACAAAAUGUUAUAGCAGUCCAUAAAUUAAAGUGAAAAAAAAAUUCCAUUCAAAACUUGUCUGCUCUGGUGUUAAGAGCCAAAAAGGGGUGGCAGAGGGCAGGAAGAGAGUCCCACUGACAUGUUACAGUUAACACAUGGGAGAUGGGAAGAUAAGAGGCUCCACAUUGUCUCCAUUCGUUAUUUGACCUAUAAUUAUUUCUUCAAGGGGCCGGACAUUUUGCGUAGACCCUUUAUCCUGUAGAGCAGCCCGUUGAUAAAAUCCUAAGGGAAAGAUUGAGACAAUAUUUUUUUCUGCAUGUAACUUUAACAGACACGACAACAGUAACCGUUAACCAGUAAUAUUUUUUUCUCUGUUAAACAUUGAAAUGUUUAUAUGUGUGUGUAGUUUCAUAAAUGUUUUUUUUGCCUCACCUCUUUUGGCUUUCCACAUUCCUGCAACAGCUCCUAACAAAGAAAACGAACAAAAAUAGGCUCACUUACAACAUUGGGCAUUGCUUUUUCUGUGCAAACAUUGCACCAUUGGAUUCCAGCAAAGCUACUUGUUAAGCUAUUUCCCCACAUUGCAAAUAGUUAAGUAUGUACCCAGGUGUCAAGGUGUUGAAAUGUUGGGUUGUCCUUUAUUUGAAAGAAAUGGCAGUAUUUGAAUAUAUAACUAACUAGGGAUGCCACUUAAUGACUAAACAUUUGCGCAAUCUUACCUGCAGACGGGUUCUCUGCCCCUCGUCUGUCAGCUCCAGGAGCUCAUCUAUGUCAAUCUCUAACUCUGGAAUCUCUUCCUCCUGUAAAAGCAAAAACAAACAAACAUUAAAGGCAAUAUUACUCCGUUGCAUGAACUUAUAUAAAAGUAUAAUUUGGGCUUCUUGCCGUCCCUUCCACUCGCA